UUAUUAUUCAGUCAAAAGCAGGAGAAUUAAGUUUUUAUCUACACGAUUAUUAUAAGUAAUUAUCAAAUCCAAGAUUAUUGCUACAAACUGGUUUUGGUUGCUGCGGUCUCGUCAUCUCGCAGUCAUCUCAAAAGAUUUUACCCAGACACUUUAAUUCACGUAUGUGCCAUGGAUACCAAAAUAUUAUUAGCAAUUAAUUUAUGUAUUACUGUUUUACCAUGCUAUUGUGCCGUAACGACAAUUUUACCCAACGGAGAUAUCUUGGAAAUCGAACGCCUGGGUUCACCAAGCUACGGGAAUUUACCGAGGUUUCCGCAAAAUAACAGACAACCUGUUACUAUAGAAGUUAUCGUUCCAGAGCGCCAAAAUCAAAAUUACCACAAUUAUUACAAUUACAAUCAGCAAUUUAUGCAGAAUCGCCCGAAUGUUUACAAUCCAUACUGGAACCAAUUUAAUCGACCUCAAGCCCGACCCCAACCUCAACCAAAACCUCAGAGGUAUCCUCAAUACGGUAAACCUCAGAACGAAUUUCAGAUUGGUGACAAGCAUUAUAUUGUUAACAAACAACAUGCAAAUAAUCCGAACAUUGAAGUAUACACAGUUGAUCUUGUAAACCCAGUUACAAAUAUGGGAAAAAAUGACGACGAAAAAAUUAAUGGAAAAUACGAAGAUGAAGAAAAUAAUAAUAACAAUGCCGAUAAUAAUGAAGAUAACAAAAAGGAUAAAAUUGAUCACUACAUUGACAACUUCCCUGUUGUUUUAUUAAAUGAAAACGAAAUUAGACGUUAGGUAUUUUUGUAUACAAUAGUAAUAGUUAUGAUAAUAUACUAUAAUUACC